AUGUGCAGACAAAAGUAUGGCGCUGACUUCUGUCGUAAGAUGAAGAUGGCGUGUUUCGAGUUGAUGCGAGUGGCCGUGCCCAUGUUCGCGAAUGGAACCACGAAUAUUGUGCAGCUACCGCAAUCUGUAGUGAUCUGUAUAUCGUCGGGUGGGUGA